GGGGGCGGGCGUUACCCUGCGCCGCUGCCGGGUCGGGCGGUGAGGGUGAGUGCCGCAGGCCGCGCGGCUUUGCCAGGGCGGUGGAGCGGUGCCCGGGAGCGGUACCGGCGUCCCUGGGCCCGCCUUGCCCUUCUGAGGCGUCCGGGGUGGCGGGCGGCAGGUUCAGAAGACUGUCAUUUUGAGACCCUGAGCAAUCCAGACUGCUUAAGUGUCCUAUUUAAGGGGAUACAAGGAAUUGAUUCUUGCAGCUUUCUUGCAGUUUUAUUUUUUGGUAUUUGUACAGCUUUUCCUGUAGCUUUUGGUCACGAAACACUAUGAGCACAACUCAACGAAAGCGCCGUGGAGGAGCAGUUAGUUCUAGGCAAGCUCGGAAACGCAGCAGACUGGCAGCUUCUACUGCAGAGAUGGCUUCAGAAGCAGAGCCAAUAGAACUUGAAGAAAGUGCAGGUGAAGAAGUAGUAGAUCUGACAUGUGAAUCUUCUGAUCCAGUGGUCGUUGAUCUAACUCACAAUGAUUCUGUUGUGAUCGUUGAAGAGAAUCAACGACAAAGGAGAAAUCUCAGACUAAGAAGCCAGCGGCAGUCGGACAGCUGCGUACUGAGUAGUGAUGAUGAAGAUGAACCACGAGAUAAUGAUGUGUAUGUGACAGACAAAGUGUCUCGAGAAUUUGGGCCACUGGAAGAUGAAACUGCAAGUUCGAAGCCCUCUGGUACCGUUAGCUGCCCGAUUUGCAUGGAUGGCUACUCAGAGAUCGUGCAAAGUGGACGACUGAUUGUGUCAACCAAGUGUGGCCACGUCUUCUGCAGUCAGUGUCUACGAGAUUCCCUUAGGAACGCAAACUCCUGCCCGACCUGCAGGAAGAAACUCACCCACAGACAGUAUCAUCCCAUUUAUAUAUGAGUACUUUUGUUUCUCAGGACAGACUCAACUUGGGGUUUGGAGAAAAUGUCAAGUUUCCAGUACUCUGAAGAUUUAAAGAGCAGCAGGUUGUGCACACAUCCAAAUAGAAAUGAUUUUUUUUAUAAGAACUUGUAUGUAUAGAGACAGCUUUUUUAUGGUCUGAGCUGCUGCUUGUUAACUCCUUGCUUAUGAUGUUACAUCAGUGCUGUCUCUAAAUGAGACCAGCAGCCCGUAUCAGCAAGGACGCAGCUAAUCCCUUUCCUUUGAUUAUUUUAAUGCUUAAAGAAGGGUCUAAAUAUUUUGUUAUUUCUUCCUCUUUAAAUUAUUCACACUGUCACAUAGAGGUAUGGAAUAGUUACCUUUCAAAAUACAGAUGAACUUGCCAUUUCCUUAUGCUUUUGUUUUUUAUCUUGUAAGAAGCUCAUGACUCUGUUGCUGUCUGCUGCACCAUCUUUGCCUGAGUGGAGUAAGGUCUGUCAUACCUUACCAUAAACCAAUUGACAACCAGGGUAAUGCAAUAAAAGAACCUGCUGAUAACCAGCCAUCGGGUGUUCUAAGCAGAAGGCUUGAACAUGUUGAUGUCUUUAUGAACUCCAUGAGAUCUGAGGUAUGUAGGCAAAUUGCAACAUGUAGAGUGUGAGAAGACUUCUUUGAAUGUUUUGACCUGCCAAGAAUUGCUGUAUUGGAAUCCCAACACUGCAUUUCUUUUCAAAGGUGAGGAGAUGAUCUCUUGGGGGUACUACUGUUGUGUAGCACUUUCUCCUGAUCACGAAGGAGAAUCUAGUCUUCUCCAGGCUUGCAAGCCAUGAAUAAGAAGCCAGUUGUAUGCUGUGCUCUUGUCAGCUGAACACCAAACUGCCUACAGCUCUUCCUAUGUCAAGUGUUGGUGGUUACCAUUGGCAUCUGCUGAGUCUUUGCUAAACUGUCUUAGGGGUCUGUAGGAAGCCUUUAAUUGAAGCAACUGUUUUAAUUAGCUCUCCUAAGUUUGAUAUUGAAGAUUGCAACCCAAAUCUAGGGAUAUUUCUGGAAGUAGGAAUAGAGACAGAGUUUGUUCCAGAAAGGCUGCUGAAGGAAUGCUUCCCCUUCCCUGCCGGGGGUGGGGGAUGGCUGUGGCUCAGAGCUGGUACUAGGAGCAGGCAGCUUCCACGUUGUGUCAAAGAGGUGACUGUUCCCACGUGAAACAUAGCAAGUUGCCAUCUCUCCCAUGGAUGCUCUGCUCUGGUCUGAGAGAGGGGACACAGGGCCUGCAGCAGCUGGAGGGCAGAUGGAGAUGACUGGGGCUGCAUUUGUGUUCCAAAGAGCAGAGAGAUGAUUCUGAAAGUUGCUUGGAGCAGCGACUGCAGGAAGAGAAGCAGCCCAGUGUGGAACCUGCCAAGAUGCCCAAGGGCCAUAGAAGCAGCUUUCUCCCUGUAGCUUAAGAAAGAAAAAAAAAACCAAAAGAAUAAUUCUGGCCUGUUUUCCUUGGGUGGUGACUGUACAAGGGGCUGGGAGGAAGAGAGCCAGGUACCCGUGUGUCUUGUCACAGUGUACUAGCCAUAGCCUAGAAUGACUUUGCACAACUUGCUCCAUGGAAGCACUGCUUUACAGUUUGUGUCUUGAGAAACUAAGUGGAGCUGUUUGGAAUUGAGAUGUCACAAACUAUAAAGUACUGAACAAAAAAAAGUUUUUCUCUUCUGUGUACCCUGUGAGUACCCACAGAGUUUGUGCACAUCAAUGAACUUCAGGUCUCAGUAUAUGGAAAAAGACUGAGUUGUAUUACAUGUGUUUUUAGGGAAAAAAAAAAACCCCAAACCAAAACAACCCAACAAACCAAUGUAGUUCCACUGAUGUUUCACAUUGGCAAAACCAGAUUGAUUAUAUAUAGAUUUCUUCACUAUGUAAAUGUAUGUCUUGUUGUAUAUAGUUCAAAUUUUCCUGUAUUUAAUUGUAUUCCUGUCUGUCUGUCCCAUCUAUGUUGACUCUGCUGGUAGCAAACAGUUCUUCUAAGAGGUGGAAAUAAAAGUAUCAAUUUGAUCCA